AUGUUUUGGAAGAGUGGAGCGAAUGAACUUCAUACAGUACCACUAGGUGAGGACCAUAUGCGCGUGUCAAUUGAUGUUGUGAAGGUAAAGGAUGCCCUUCUUCCUAUACCUAUCUCCGAAGAGGUGGCUACAGUAGGAGAUGCGGUUGGUUGGUUUGUAGCUUGGCCCAAAGACCUUAUAUUUUUUGCCCCUGAGGUUGCUUCAAAAAAACCUAGCAUGGUUGGGAAUGAGGCUGUUUGUAAAAAACCUCGCAUGACUGGAAAUAAGAAUGCUUUGAAACAUCAUGGAGUGGUUGGUCGUAAAGUCGUCGGCGAUGAGGUGACUUCAAAAAAUGUGGAGUGGGAAAGUAAUUUGGAAUACAUUGAGAUAUUUACCACAUUGACCAAACACACCGAUAAGAUGGAAGCUUUUCAAAUUCCUAUAGAUGAUGACAUAUUUGGUGCGGAGGUUGAUGCUCAACUGCAAAAAGUUGACAUGGAGUACAUGUGUCAUAUGAAAGAAGUAUCUGCUACAUGCAUAAUGUUAUACAUAAGACAACUCUAUUCGGGUAUCAAGGUUUCCAAUAUGGAUACAAGAUUUGCAUUUGUUAACCCUUGCUCACUUAGUGAAAAUUAUAAGACUAGUGAAGCUUCAAAGCCCGGAAUGCUUGCAAGUCGACUUGAAGAUGUCAAGAAUGACCAAUUGCUUUUGGUUCCUUGUAAUAUUGGGGUCCAUUGGGUAUUGUGUGUCAUUGAUUUGUCAUCUUCAACAGUGUACUACAUGGAUUCAAUUAAUAAGGAAGUCCACUCACCCCUUAAACUCUUGAUUAAGACUGCAUUCAAAAUCUAUGACAGCAGUAAGGGAGUUCGGAGUAGUCGAAUUAUUAAUUGGAAAACAGUCGAGUGCCCGAAACAACCUACAAACGUGGAAUGUGGGUUCUAUGUAAUGAAAUACAUGAAAGAUUUGAUUAGAGAAGAGAGGAUCUUAAGCAGAGGAAGUUUCAAUGGAAAAAAAACUUACACGAAAGCCGAAAUUGAUGAAGUGCGAGCCGAGUGGAUAAAGUCCGUCAUGAACGAAAUAUAAUCAGCUUAUAUGUGCAUGCUCUGAGGGACGAAGUGCUUGAAAUUGGCUUCAGAGAAUGAAGAAGUGUUUGAAAUUGGCUUCAAAGAAUGAAGAAUUCGUUGUAGCUUAGGACAUAACUCCGUGCUUGUGGUUCAAUUAGUUUUCUUUGUCC